CACGGGCUGCGGCCGGCCAAGGCUGCCUGUGGGAGUGCUCAGGCGAGCAGGUGGCCAGCAAGCAGAAAGCUUGGAAUGGACAGUCUCCAGGACACAGUUCCCCUGGACCAAGGGGGCCGUGGCCCUGCCCUCUGCAGGCUGGUCCCCGUGGGCUUUAGGGCUGAGGCAUGGAAGCUCUUUGUCCUGUCCGGACCCCUGGUUCUGUUUCAGGUGCUGUCCUUCAUGAUCUAUGUCGUGAGCUCGGCGUUCUGCGGGCAUCUGGGCAAAGUGGAGCUGGCAUCGGUGACCCUGGCAGUGGCCUUUGUCAAUGUUUGCGGAGUUUCCAUAGGAUUCGGCUUUUCUUCAGCAUGUGACACCUUGAUGUCCCAGAGCUUCGGCAGCCCCAACAAGACGCAGGUGGGCGACAUCCUGCAGAGGGGAGUGCUCCUCCUGCUUCUCUGCUGCUUCCCCUGCUGGGCGCUCUUCCUCAACACCCAGCAGAUUCUACUGCUCCUCGGGCAGGACCCAGACGUGUCCAGGCUGACCCAGGAGUACGUGCUGAUCGCCAUACCGUCACUUCCGGUGGUUUUUCUUUACAACCUGCUGGCAAAAUAUUUGCAAAAUCAGGGAAUCGUCUGGCCCCAAGUCCUCAGUGGCGUCGUGGGCAACGGCAUCAAUGGCUUGGCCAACUACAUCCUGGUUUCUGUGCUGGACCUGGGGGUCAGGGGCUCUGCUUAUGCCAGCACCGUCGCCCACAUUGUGCAGAUGACCUUCCUGUUCCUCUACAUCAUGCUGAAAAAGCUACACAUGGCUACAUGGGCAGGCUGGUCCAUCCAGUGCCUGCAGGACUGGGGCCCCUUCUUCCGCCUGGCCGUCCCCAGCAUGCUUAUGCUGUGCAUCGAGUGGUGGGCCUACGAGAUCUGGAGCUUCCUCAUGGGCCUGCGCAGCGUGCUGGACCUCUCGGCCCAGGCUAUCCUCUACGAGGUGGCCACAGUCAUCUACAUGGUUCCAGCGGGGCUCAGCAUCUCAGUCUGUGUCCGAGUAGGGAUGUUCCUGGGAGCUUCAGACACUGUGCAGGCAAAAAGAUCAGCUGUCUCAGGCGUGCUCUGUGUAGUUGGCAUCUCGCUGGUUAUCAGUGCCCUGUUGAGCAUCCUCAGAAAUAAACUGGGGUAUAUUUUUACCAAUGAUGAGCCAGGGCCUCCACCUCCUGCUCGUCCAGAGACAAGAUGCUCAUCGAGGGACAGCACAAAACUGGGGCUCUUCUGGAGCUUAGGAAGACCCACAGACAUGCAGAAACCCAGGGCUAGGGGUGUUGGAGAAGCCAUCGCCCUGGUGAGCAAGGUCUUGCCCAUUUACAUCAUCUUUCAGCUCUUUGAGGGCAUCUGUUGCGUCUAUAGUGGAGUCCUGAGGGGAACCGGCAGGCAAGCCUUCGGAGCCCUGGCUAAUGCGAUCGCCUAUUACAUCAUCGGACUCCCACUAGGCAUCGUUCUGACCUUCCUGGUGGGAAUGGGGAUCGUGGGCCUCUGGCUGGGCAUGCUGGCCUGUGUCCUGCUGGCAGCUGCUGCCUUUGUCACCUACACUGCCCGGAUAAACUGGAAGCUAGCUGCAGAGGAGGCCCAGAAGCGCAUGGGGUUGCCACAGCAGGGCAAGGCGGGCACAGCGGAUGAGGCGACUGAGGCCAGUGAAGCGAGCACGACCCCCAGGCUCGGGCCUGACACAGCUGCUGCAGCUUCAGUGGCCACGAGCAGCAGCCCUGGCAUUACCCUGAUGAUGUACUCAUGGCCCGAGUGCCAUGUGGACCUCUUCAGGACUCCAGAGGCAGCCCACACCCUUCCAGCUCCUUCCCGCAGACUGUCAGGGAGACAGCUGGCCCUCCGCCGAGGGGCCGCUCUGGGGGCAGCAGUGGCCACACUUACUGCGGGGCUCAUCGUGAGGAUCCUGACCCACAGGCACUAGGGAAGCCAGGAGUGGCUGCCUCCACUGCAUCCCCACAGGUCUGCCCUCCCAAAGCACCAGUGAGGUCCACUGCAUGUGGACCCUUUGGACCAGUCCUCAGAAAAGGGCCUUCAGCAGGUGCCUCCUGUGACAGAGGGGCCUGAAUUGUGCAGACUGACAAUCCUGUCAUGGUUAAAUGGCUUUCUCUCCUCUGACCUGGACUGCCCUUUGGAAGACACCAGCUGACCAAAGAGUGAGGAAACUGGGAUCACCACUAUGAUUCAAUAAUGUAAACAGCUUCAGGUUGGACAUUUCAAAUCAAAACAAAACCAUGACAUUAAAAAGUAUGCAUUUCCUAGC